AAAAAAUCAAACGUUGCAUCCUUUUCAAAUGGUAAGCUUAUCAGAAUUCUUUUUUUUUUUUUUUUUCGGUGAUUUUUUUUAUUUAUUUACUUUUUACUUUUAUCAUCAUUUCUGAUGAUGGUGUUUUUCUCUCUCUCUCUCUUUUUUUUUUUUGAGGGGGGGAGAGGGUAGAGGAAAAGUUAUACUUUUUUAUUCCCUGGAGAAAUAAUUCGGUACCGGCAAUCUGUUUGAGAUUUGGAACAAAAUGCCAGAAAUCGGACAAACGUGAGUGUUCCUAAGGGGAAAUUAGUUCUAAUAAUCUAACUGGGAUAGAAACAGCUGGUAAAAAUGGGUAACAAAUUGUUUUCUUUUCCGAUUCGUUUGGGUUGUUCCACGAUGCCGAAACUGUAAUAAUGGAUGCCACAGAAUUUUGAAAAAUAAUAAUUAAAAAAAAAAAUGAAGGGAGAAAAAAAAAAGAAACAGAUCAAUUCUGUUCUGGAAGUAGAAAUGACCGUUUUUGUUUUUGUUUUUGACUCGUAGGUAACUAUACACCAAGGGUCGCUCCACACGGGUGAGACAUUUGUGUUGGAAAAUGAUUUAUAAUGUAUAGUUGCCGCAAUGUUUGUUAAAUACGCAGUAAUGGUAAAAACUGAAAUCGUCGUGCUCUUUUGUUAUGUAAGCCUGCUAAAGCAAAGCAAGCGCUCUUUUAGGCCGUUAGCAAGAUCACAGGCUGCGAUAUAUUUUAGGAGGCGUUUGAUCAAAGGUUCCUCUUCAUAUACGUACAUACAAACAAACAAGUCAAUACCCCCCCCUUCCCCCCUCAAAAAAAAAAAAAAAAAAAAAAAAAGAAGAUUGAGCGACGAGUUUAACGUAACAAUCGUUUUAACGUAAGAUUGAAGACCACCUUGAGUUAAUUAUCUCUAUUUUUGGUCUUGUUUAUCUACCAACUUUCCCGUUCUUGACAUUUUGGAUUGAACUAAAAUGUUAGGGAAUUAGGGACUUUAUUGUUGUGAGAAAGGAAUGCUACAAUUAAAAGAACAACGUAAACUUACAGGUAUAUGGUAACUUGUGAUAGGGACAGUCACCUUCGAUAUGGCUCCGGCCUUGGCUUUCUGUGAGAUUCUUUGUCUAUUUCGUAGCUUUUCUUGAUAUGAAUUGUGAAAGUCAAAUAAAAAUGAAUCUUUUAUAUAGUCAAUUUCUAUAAAUCUUCUAUCCUAAGUCAGUAACAUACGUGGACUUUUGACGACGACAAAUUAAUUUCACUAGUUUAUAUAUAUAUAUAUAUAUAUAUAUAUAUAUAUAUAUAUAUAUAUAUCAACUUGCCUCUUUUUGGUAUGAUAGCACUGCUGGUUCAGCAGAGAGGACUCCUCAAGGGAACAGUUAUGGAAAUGUGAAUUCAGGAUACGAUUAUGACAAAACGAAUGGCCAGAACCACUCCAAUGAAAUGGUAACAUUCAAGGGGACAAAUCCAGCGCAGACUCCUGGGAUUGCAAUCAACGACUCCAGUAUGACAAAG